AUGGGCGUCAUGGCGACUUCAGAUGCCGAUGUGCUGGAAAGAACGUUCCUCGUCGGACAGCUUGCGCUGUUCGUGGGGCACAUGGGUGUAUCGAACUGGUGGGAUUUGAAAACAAUCUUGGAAGAGUACCUGUGGGUUGGGUGGGCAUGCGAUUCGGGUGGACUAUAUGUAUGGAAUAUGCUAGUCGAGCAUGGUAUUGGUGCUGGAGGAGCGGCCAUUUGGUGA